UCAAACUUCUAAACCUUUCCAAAUUCUCUUCAUCAAUAUUCAUUGAUCUUCUAGCUACUAUUUUCAUAGAUCAUAAAUGAAAGUAUUUGUUUCCUUGUAUAUCUCCUUUUUCAUACGGAGUAUAUUUUUUUUUAGUUAAAUACCACUAAGCAAGUUUAGUAUGUAAUUUAUUAUAUUAACCAAGUAAUAAAAAAGAAGUGUUUCAAGCAACACAUAACGAAAAGAAAAAAAAGGGGGAAAGGGCAUCAGGUCAUAAGACCAAAACCCUAAAAUCUUGCUCAACAAUUGAAGAUCUAGUGCUGGGUUUGAGCACUUCUUCACUUCCUAAGUUUUUGGGUUAAUCAGAAGCACUACUUCCUUCAAACUCGUUGUCCUUCUAAUUCCCACCAAAGAGAAUUACAGAAAGCUGAAAAAUGGAAAAAGAAACCGUUUUUUGGCGCUUACAUUUUUUCACAAUUUUGGCUCCAAAAGAAUUUCAGGAUAACCACCAUAUAUAUGAGAAAAUAAACGAAGAAGUUACAUUGGAAAGUGAAGCAGAAUUUCUGCACCUGAGCAAGAAGAACAGAAUUUUGCAAAUCAAUGGCACCAGGAGGACAUAUCUUCAAACAAACUACACUUACAGGGAAAACUAUUCGAGCUACUCAAUCGCCGGAUGAAUCAAAUAAUGUUACUCCCCCUGUUAAUACAGCUCUCCUUUGCUCAUCAUGAUAUAGAAACCAGCUAUGUAAAGGAGAAGCUUGAAAUUGAUUUGGACGAGCAUUACGUGAAAGAUAGUGUUGAGGAUAUUUUGAAAAAUAGAAGUCGACAAUGGCGUUACAAGUUAAAACAGCUAUUUGAAAGUGCACGUUCCGAGGAAGAAGCUCGUAAAAUUGAAGUGUCAGAGUUGCCCCGAGAAAAUUGGAAUAAGCUUUGUGACAUGUGGGCUGAUCUAGAGCAUAAGAAACGAUGCGACAUAAACAGGGCCAAUCGAAGUAAGCUUAAAACUAAUCAUUUCAUGGGGUCAAAAGCGUUUGUACCUGCUCGUGCUGAACUUGCUGGAAAUGGAAUAGAGCCUGACAGAACCGAGUUCUACAAGAGUACUCAUUACUCGACUGAAAAAGGAUGGUCAUCUCUAGAGGCUGAGACUAACUAUAACAACCUAAAAGAUUUGAAAGAUAUAUAUACUUCGGGAGAGCCGGGAGAGCCUUCCAUGACUAUUGAUCAAAUUAUGGAUACUAUACUUGGUAAAAAAUCGGGAUACAUAAAAGGUCUCGGUUAUGGUCCGAAACCUGAUACUACAAGAGCCACACAAAGAAGAACGGCAGAGUUAGAAGACUCCCUUAGAAAGACGAAAGAGGAAGCUGCUACUGCCCAACAUGAUUUACAGAAACGAUUAAAUGCAGCUGAAAUUGUGGUAGAAACCCAGCAGUCCAAGAUAGAAACCCAGCAGUCCCAGAUAGAAACUCAGCAGGACCAGAUACAAGCAUUAAACUCUCAAUUGGUUACUUUAGCAGCACGCCAAGAGGAAAUGUUUAAAAAAAUGCAACAUUUUGUUAGCUCAUUGCCAUCAAGGUAUUAAAUGUGGGAAUUGAAUCAAGACUGAUUGCAAACUAAGUGUCACCACAUUAUUAGUAUUUUAGAAGCUGCACUAUAUGUCUUAGUUUAGGAGUAAUAUUUCGUAUAUUUCAGUUGGAUUGGUACUUUGGAAGAAAUUGCAUUGUCUGUCUUAGUUUAGGAGUAAUAUUAAGUAUAUUUCAGUUGGAUUUUCUUGUCGUUAGACAUAUUUUACUUUUAUUUAGGAGUUUGGAAUGAGAUAUGAUCUCAGUAC